AAGAAUACUCACUUUACAUUUGCAUUACGGUCGCUUACGACGUAAUUAAACUAAACACAGCAACAUAACCUCCGAAAAUUAUUACAGAAAAAAUUGUUUUCGAAGCCUUUCAUUUCCGGGAAAAGACAAAAAGAUAAACUCAGAGCAAUUUCCCAAAUUUGUUGUUUAUAAACGAAUCAACACUUUGUUGUUGUCUUAUUUCAUAAUUCUGCUUUCGUUUUGCACAUGUACGUCGUAUGGUAUAAGAUUUUUUAUUCCAUUUCGUGUAGCAUUCGCCCAAACCCGAGUAUAGAUAAACUGCACGAUGCACGUAUUGUUUUUGCCGUUUGCAAAUCAUCAAUAAUAAAUAAGAACUUUCGCGUUCCAUGCAGUAAGCGACAUACAGAGUGUGAUUGUGGACACAGUGUCGUCCAAGUGCAUUGCGUUCCAACUAGAGUGCAAAAUAACCUCACGACACUGUGUCGUUCGCUGGAAAACCCUUUUUCUUGGCAUCAAUAAAGAUGAUAACGAAACGUUUAUAGAUAUCUUAAAUUAAUCGAAUUGAAUUACCAAUGAUGAACAAGAAACUGCAGUACAUUUGAUAUAAUGGGGUUAAUACGGAGCAGGUUAUGUUAACCAAAAUAAUGAAUAUAUAUAUACAAAUCCACUACUUGUCGCGACUACACCUUGCAGAUACAAUGUGUGUGUGACAACUCGCUCGAAAAAAAACCUAUCCAGCCAGGGUUAAACUUAUUAAACAACCCCCCAUUUCAACUAUUUCGAUUUUAUCCAACGCCAACUGUUUGACAGUGUUUGCGUGAUCAAUUAAAACGCUUGUUUGACCAUAUAUUAACUUUAAAAAAAGAAAACUAGAAAAUCUGUCAUAGGUACAAUUUUUUUUUAUUUUCAUGCCAGCAGCAAUAGAGAGGGUCUAAUAGAGGCGAAAUAGUUUGACGAUGACAAAAACACGUUUGCUCGAUCAUAAUUUACAAAAAAAAUAACAUAUUCAAUAAACCUUUCAUUAUCGGUCAUAUCGUUAACAAAAGGAAAUCCCGAAAAAUAUUGUCCCUUUUAUAAUUUUGAUUGCAAUAGUUUCAUAAUCGUUUGGUAGUGAUUGUUCGAUCCAUUAAAACUUUAUUUGAAAAUAAUAACUUUAGAAAACGAAAUUGGAAAAUUUGUCAAAGUUAGUUCCAGCUACAACUGAAUAGGGUGCUCUGUAAUAUUUCCCAAGAGAUAUACAGGUGUUCGUAUAACAAUAACAAGUAAUAGGAAAUUCAUAAUAAGAUGAUGAUGUGUCCAGGACAUCAUCAUAAAAAAAAAAAAACAAUUCAAUUCGUUAACAUCCUAGAACUCCUUUGCAGGGUUAGGAUUAUGAUCUAAAAUCGAAACAAGACAUUCUAUCGGUUUUUUUCAGAGUCUUAGACAGCUCGUCAGACUUUUUUUAGAAAAAGUCAUCAAAGUGACCGAUUAUUUUUCAUUAUAUUAUAUAUACAGAAAUUGAGCGUGUGCAAACGGAACUUUUGGUAGAAGCUGAAGAAUAAUUAAAGGAAAUAUAAAUAGAGAGAUUUAAAAAAAAAUGAAAAUGUGAAUGAGUAGAUUGGAAUGGUGUGGUAAAAUAGUAUAGUAAGAAUGUGAAUCAAUGUUUGGAAGGGUGAGGGUCAGAAGCGUUGUGUGGUGAGGCAGAGGCGGUCGAAUUGAAGCGAAAAAGCAGCCCAUUUGCGGAUGGAGUGAAGCGCGAGGCUGCGGCAAUGGAAUGCGCGUCAGUUAACGGGAGUUUUCCACGAGGGCGCAAGCGUACGUCUGGUUAAGGUGUUGCAGGCGCGCACUCGAGUCCUCUGGCAAAGCAACAGAGUGCUGUAUACCCCCGCCCACGUAUUAUUCGGCGUAUAUAACCACGUUUGUAAUCAAACAAUCAGGACUGGACCAGUGAAGUGUCUUUCGAAUUGAAUAAUGCAUCGAAUAUUCGGGCUCGGUGUGUCUUGUGCAAUCGAAUAACAGACGUUAAGACCACACUUAAGGGACGAGUAUGAUUCUUGCUGGAUCAGACCAUUUGCUUGCGGGACCGGUGGAAGCAACUGCGUUUUUAGGUGCUGUUGCCGGAUUCGUGACGCUUUUAGUAGUCGUAUUUUUGUAUUUGUCACGAAAGUGGUGCUUUACACCAGUUCCAGCUUCAACAAUAUUUGGGGGAAUAUGCGUGCCCCUUUGUGAAUCGACGAACAGCUCUACGUCACACAUCUCCAAAAAUUUGGGCAAAACUUUCUCAUAUUCCGAUCCUGAAACAAGCUCAGAUUCUGAAGAAGAUGCCCUUCGAAGAUUACAAAUUUCUCAUUCCAAUCCGCCACCUGACACUCUAACGAUCCAAGCCGAAGAUGGUCCAACGAUUGUCGAAGCAGGCAACACGGCUAAAGGCUGCUCCGAAGAUCAACAUGCUCUCGAUCAGCACGAGUGCGUCGUUGACGUCGGCACAUCUGCGAUAACAAUCCUGGACAAUUCUGAGGUACCUGAAGAGAUCGAGGAACACGUCUCAGUUUCGAACGAUGCUGUGACGAACGUGAGUGCGAGCGGUGAGGAAAUUGGCACGUUGGAAGUCGCAUUCCUCUACGAUGCACCGAUGCGGGAGAUGACGGUCCAAGUACUCCAAGGACGAAAUUAUCCGGCUGGCAUAGGUGGCAGCCAAGUGCGCCUCGUCUUGUUGCCGUCGAAGAAGCAACGACGGAAAACACGCGUACGACAGGGUCCGUCCCCCCAGUACAUGGAAAGCUUUCUUUUUCCUCGUGUCAAUCCUGAGGAUGUCAAUGCAAUGGGCGUUCGACUGAGAGUUUACUUGUGGGGUGGCAGAAUGCGUCGUGAACGUCUGCUCGGUGAAUUAAGGGUGUCCUUCGAUCAAAUAAACCUCCAACUGGAGACGACCCUCUGUUUACCGCUCCAACCACCGCCAACUUCUUCGAUACAGGACUGGGGCACGACGACCAGUCUGACUCGAAGUGACUCAACGGGUUCCCAGCAAUCCGUACAGUCCUACGCAUCACCGACUACACCCCCUUAUGGAAGCAGCAUGAAAGGCGGCAGCGUCGCCGAAUUGCUGAUAGGUCUCACCUACAAUGGGACAACGGGUCGUCUCUCUGUCGAAAUAAUCAAGGGUUCUCAUUUCCGAGGCGGCGGAGGUGCCGACACGAAACCUCCGGAUACCUACGUCAAACUCGCCCUGGUUGACAGCAACGGGCAUGAAAUGGGUCGCUCGAAAACUGGACUCAGAAGAGCACAACCUAAUCCUCUGUACAAGGAAACAUUUAUUUAUCAGGUUGCUUUGUUCCAAUUGGGAGAUGUGACACUCUUUCUAUCGGUAUACAAUCGUCGUCGUGGCGCGAUGGGUAAAAAGGGCCGAGAGAUGAUCGGUUGGUUGUGCCUGGGAUUAAAUAGCUCAGGACCGGACGAGCUUCAACAUUGGAACGACAUGCGUGCGUCCCGACAAACGACGCAAGUUCAACGCUGGCACUCGCUCUUGCGUCCCUAAAGCACAAUUAUUCAUUCGUAAGAGAUUCUGUCGAAUUUUUUAAAAAAAAAGAGAUCGGAACAAAUGAACAAUACGCGUCAACGAAAAUAAUCUACAACAGACGUUUUAAUGAGACUCGUAAGCUUAACACGUUCUUCGAUCUUAUGAGAUCGCUAUGAGGAACGUGGUCCAAAGGACACGAACACACGUAAUUCUUGCGUAGGAAUUCCUAUUUUAAAUGGGAUGCGCUGUUCCUUUUUGGGAGAAAAAUAACAAAAACAAGGAUAGAGAAAAAAAAAGAAUAACAAACACGCUUUUGCGAACACAAUUACUGCCCGAUUUUAACAGCGAAGUCAAUACGUCAAAAUAUUGUAUUAAUAUGCAUUUUGUGAAGUGUUACUAUCAAAAAGUGACGCACACUUCGCCGAAAUGGGCAAAAUUUAUUUUUCUCUUUGCUCUUUCUCUCUCUCUCUCUUUCUCUCUUUCUCUCUGCAUAGACCUCUUUCAUUUUCUCGCUGUCUCAAUUGGUACCGAUUGAAAAGAAAUUUGAGAGAAGGAUUGGCAAGAUGAUUUUGGGCAAUUCGUGUGCUUUUGAAAGAGUUCGAAACGCAUGGGGAUAAGGCCGAUGAUAUUUCAAAUCCAUUCAAGGCCGAGCUAUUUUUAACUCCCGUUUUUAUUCGAGCAUUUAAUUUCUCAAAUAAUUAAAGAAAAAAGACUACGAUUCUUACUGAUUCGAUUAAUUCAACGAGAUGAGAAAACCAAACACUAAUAGAAACAAAAAGUUUACGGAGUGGGUCCGGACUCGAUCUCCGUAAUGGAUUUUCUUUUGUCGACCUAGCAAUUUUCAAUAACUAAGUGAAAUCUGGCAAUUUUUUAAUACUCAACAACAACAAUAAAUGAUGAACAAAUACCUUUAAUAACGCACAACUUGCAGACGCACUUUAGGAAAAAUGGCGGACGUGAUCUUAGUAUUAGCUGUUAAUUGAACUUUCAAUUUCACGAGGUCGUUCAGGAUUAGGUACGACGUAGUUCGACAAUGAUAAGAAUAAAUUUCACUACGCGUUUUUUAGGGAAUGAGCCGCUAAGUAAGAGUUUUAUCGAGGAGAGAAGAAACGAAAUUAUUGAAAUGAACAAACUGAUGCUGUGAACAUAACGAUUAUUAAAAUUUUACAUUUAUGAAAUUAAAUAGCGAGAUAUAAGUAUAUAUCGUUGCUGAUUUGGAUACACGAGAGGUUCAAGUCUUGAACCAUUCACCACUAUUUAUUUUCCUUAGACGUGAUUUGUCAAUUUAUCACGAGAACUUAGAAAUGUUGAGAUGAUCUUUAUUCGAUAUUGGUUAAUCUCGACAGGAGUGAUCGCCACGUGCUAAUUUAAAAUUUAGGCGCUCGUUAUGAGUGAGCCAUGAAGACACUUUGUUCUAAUGGAAAAAAAUUUGUAAUUUCCGAGUUCUCGUAUCGUGGUGAAAGUACUACGUGAGAAAUCGAAGUUUGCAAACGACGAAAUGGAUAUCGAUGUUACUUCGAAGCUGGUAUUCGAUAAAGUUCGACGAACAAGAGGAUAAGCAGAAAGGAAGAGAAAAAAAAGUUGUAUUUUUAAGACCUUGAAUCGUCAAUUUUGUAUGAAGGGCUCGGAAGAUUUUCAACGACCACGGUGAUCGAUCGUGGACGGUGCUACAAGCCCAGCGAUCGAUGGUGUUGUCCAAGGUUUUAUCCAAAGCACCCCUAUUCUUGAAACGGGAAUUUAUUAGAACUUAAACGUCUAACUGCACAAAAAAUGAAAACAGAAUACUUCAAUCAAUGUUAUUAUAUAUAUAUAUAAAUUUAAAUAUAUAUGUAUAUACAUGUGUGAGACAACCGGUCACUUUGAUGAGUCUUUCUCAAAAACUCGAAAAAUUACUCUGAAAAAUCUUUGAUCGCAUUGUCUUCCCUGUGCGAAGCGCAGAGGUUUGCAGUGUUUGAAUGUUUGCAGAAUUUUAAUAUUAUAUCUAUAAUAUUUAAAUCCUGCAAAUCUCUACUCCUAGGAUUAUGAGAAAUAUUCUAGAAUAGCGCUUCGCGCUGAGGAGGCGAGAGGUUCAAGAAUUUUUGAAUAUCUUAGGAUUUUUGCAAAGUCACCAAACUGACCGUUUGUCUUACACAUAUAUAUAAAAUUACUAUUUGUCGCGUUUUAUAUAAAGUGUAUACUCCGAUAUUACUAAAGUAAUCUUACAAAUAGCUGUUAAAAAUCGCCCAAACUGAAAAUAAACCAAGGAAAUUCGUCAAAGCACGUA